GCUGGCUCAGUUCGCGCCAAUAAUAUAGCCUUACAACACGUUCAUAUUUCGAAGCUUCACAUUUUUAUAUUAUUCUAUUUUUGAAAACGGAACCAUUUAAAAGUAAUAAUUUAAUAAAAAAGGUUAUUGUAAUUUUUGGCGGGAAAUCUGGUGGCCAUUUUAUGAUGUUGAUAUAACUUUUUUUUAAAUAAUAUACUUAUAUUAAGUAAUAUUAUAAAAAUAACAUAAUGAAAAGUGCAUCUGUGAUAUUUGUUUUAGUUUGUGGUGUUAAUAUUGUGUUUUCACAAGGAUCAGGCAACGAUGGAAACUUACGUCUCUGCAUCGUGGAAGGGCGCGGUUCAUACAAGCGUGCAGCGAGACACUGUCCCACUCUGGACCAAGAGGACUCUAAAGUAGAAUGCGUUCUUGGCACUGACAGGUUGGACUGCCUGCGUCGCAUCAGUAAAGGAACGGUGGACUUUGGAGUCUUCAGUCCUGAGGACUUGGUGGCUGCGCAGUGGGCACGAGUGGAUGUGCUGGUCACAAAUGAAUUGAGGAGUAAACCUAAGCCGUUCGAAAGGUCGGUAGUGGCGGUGGCCAACCGUCGUAUCCUGCAGGAUGGUGUGACCACAUUACACGCUGUCAUACAAAACGCCACACUAUGUCACCCUGGUGUUGGCAUGGACGACAUACGACCAAUGAGCGACACGCUGUCUGGGUAUUUAGAGUCGCUAGUAUUGGAGCGAGCGUGUGAUCCCAAGUUGUCGCUCACGGAGAAUCGCAUCAAAGCGCUUGCGCAGUUCUUCGGGAAGGCCUGCAAGGCUGGUCCUUGGGUGCCGGAUCAAUGGCGGGACGCUGAACUCAAGCGCCGUUACUCUUCGCUGUGCGCGGCGUGUGCUGGACGCUGUGAUACCAACGACCCGUACUGGGGCAACCAGGGCGCCCUCACCUGCUUGGCAGAGAAAGGAGACAUCACCUGGGCGGAGUUAGAAGACGUACGGACAUAUUUUGGGUUAACACAAAGGGAAGGACACGCUUCUGCCGACCGGUUCGCGUAUGUCUGUCGUGAUGGGUCCUUCAUGGAUCUAGAUGGUUCUGAGCCAUGCGUGUGGUUGCACAGACCCUGGCCUAUCAUCGUGGCUAAAAGAAAAUCAGCAGUAGCCGUAGCAGCUCUAGCCAGCUCCCUCAGAGACGGUUCAGUGCUGGUGGACCGGCACUGGCGUGGCGCCUUAGCCGCCCUGCUGGAGAUCCACCUGGGUCUACCGGACCCACUGCAGCCGCCUCUGACUCCGAUGGACUACCUCGCCAAGGCUAAAGGAUUUAGGGAGGCGUACAGUCAAAGCGGAUGUGAUCCGCCCAGACACAUCACCCUGUGUACAACGACAAUAUUAGAGAAGAAUAAGUGUGAAUGGCUGAACGAGGCUGGUUCCGUGUAUGGGAUAGCUCCGCCCCUGCAGUGUUCGUAUGGAGCUGACACCCAGGCCUGCCUGCAAGCUGUCCAGGACGGCAGGAGUGACGUGGUGGUCACCAGCAGCGAGUACCUUGUAGCAGCCAUGAGAGAUUAUUCCGUAGCUCCAAUACUACACGAAGCCACACCAAUCGUGGAGAAAGCCAGCACUGUGGUGGCCGUCGUCCGAGCUGAUGCGGCAAUAACUGACACAUCAAGCCUCAAGGGAAAACGAGCUUCGUUCCCAACCUAUGAUGGAGUGGCUUGGCAUUCAGCUCUUAGAUACUUCAUGACCAAAGACAAUAUAACUUGCUCAGAUAUGGGGCACUACUUCACGGAAAUAUGCGCGCCUGGUAUCGAAAAUUAUAAUGUUACCAGAAAUGUUGUGAAGCAAUUUACCAAAAACUGCUAUGUUGAUGAUGGCAAUAUAUUAUCUGGAGAGAUUCAAGCUUUGAGAGCAGUUGUUGAGGGAAAGAGUGAUGUUGCGUUUAUAAGUAUGGGGACUUAUAAUAUGUAUACAGCUCAACAAAUAAACGAAGACUGGGCGAGCAGCCGAGAGAAGUUAGUUCCCGUUUGCCCUGAAGAAAAUAAGAAGUAUUGUUUUAUAAGUUGGUCGAACAUUGGCCACAUACUAGCACCGAGGAAUUUAACAGCAAUGAGACGCCAAGAAAUCAUAAACGUGUUUACAAAAUUGGAUCAAUUGUUUGGCAAACAUUAUCCAUUCCACAACGCUAUGUUCUCUAUGUACGGUCAAUUUAGUUUUAAAUUGAAUAUUUUGUUCCAUAACAACACAAAAAUGCUAGCCACUGAUGACAUGUUGAACACGCAUCCGUAUGAUAACAUUCCUUUGAAUUUGGAACGCAGUCUUCGAAAUUCAAAUAUGAAUAGUUGUCACAGUUCAGAUUUUUUGGGAAAUUUUGGCGCCAAUUUAAACCCGAGUAUUUUAUUGUUAGUAGUUUCUCUAGUCUUUUUUGUCUUAAGAAUUUAA